GAUUUCAGUUGGAAGAGUUAAAGAAAGAAAGAGAAAACGUCAAAGUAAAAGCGAAGGGUUGAGUAUGGUUUACGCCAAAUGUGUCGUUUUAUUCUUCUUCUUCUUCUUCCUUGGUUCGUGUGAGUGAGUGAGUAACUAAGUAACCUAUUCAUUCAUUCAUUACUAUAAAUUAAGGAAACCACACUUCACUCUUCUCCGUGGCUUUGUUGAAUAAAAAGAGGGAUGAAUUUAGUGAAGAAGAAGAAUGGAGAAGUGAAAUUACCACCAGGAUUCCGUUUUCAUCCAACAGAUGAAGAGCUUGUUGUUCAAUACUUGAAGCGUAAGGUCUUCUCUUACCCUUUACCCGCUUCCAUCAUUCCUGAACUUCAUCAUCUUUCCAACUCUGAUCCUUGGGAUUUACCAGGUGAUUUGGGAGAAGAGAGGUACUUUUUCAGCACUAAAGAAGCCAAAUAUCCAAAUGGAAACAGAUCCAACAGAGCAACUAACUCUGGUUACUGGAAGGCAACAGGGUUAGACAAACAAAUUCUAAAUUCAAAUUCAAAUGUUGUUGUUGGUAUGAAAAAGACUCUUGUUUUCUACAAAGGCAAACCCCCUCACGGUUCAAGAACUGAUUGGAUCAUGCAUGAAUAUCGCCUCACUAAUCAUUCUUCCUCUCUGAAACAAAAUUGGGUUGUGUGUCGCAUAUUUCUGAAGAAGAGAGGUGGUGCUAAAAAUGGAGGAGGAAGAGGAGGAGAGAACACAGUAACAGUGAGAGAGAAACCCAGCAAAGUAAAGAACUCAAACUCAAACUCAAACUCAAAGGUGGUGGUUUUCUAUGACUUCUUGUCAUCCCCAAUUUUAUCAGCAACAAGUGGAAUAACAGAAGAACACAAUGAAAAUGAAAAUGAAAAUGAACAUGAAGACAGCAGUAGCUCAUUUCCUUCGUUAACAAAUAAUAAUUAACAAUCCAAUAAAAUAUGAUUGUUUUUUUGUCUUUAUUAUUUAUUAUUAGGUGUAUGCAAUGUAAUUAUCUCAAAAUGAGGCCGGCGUUAAUUCAGAUAACAAGAGUAGUCUGAUCUCAUUAC